UAUUCAUUGUGUAAAAAAAAUAACCAUUAAAAUGUUGGGUACUACAAUGAAAAUGCUCAUGGACGAAAAUUCUACAGAGAAAUACGAGAAUGACCAAACGAAAGUGAAGAAGUUCACAGUGCCUGCAAAUGAGGCAACCACAAAGCGUGUUGCCUUGGGCGAAAUACAGAAUCUUGGACUGAAUCUUAACUAUGCCACCAAAGAUGUGGCACAAAGAGAACUAAAAACGAAUGCAGUGUGGAAGAAGAAUCCUCUUGGUGUAAGCAAUUCCAUUUUUAAUUACAAUGUGGGAACUGUCAAGACUACAACAACAAUAACAGCACCUCUGCUGGGCAUCCAAUCCAAUAUUGUGGUCAAGAAAGAACCAUUGAUCAACCUGGAAGUGCAUAAAAAGGAACCUGCUGCAAUGUUGCCCUUGAUUCCGAGCAAGUUGGACAGGCCAGGAGCAACUGCAGCACAGACAGCACCGAAAACUUUAUCACUGUCCAGUCAACGCUUGACGGAUGUUGAAGACAUUGAUGCUGAUGAUCAGAAGCAUUUGAUCUUGGUAUCAGAGUAUGUGAACGACAUUUACAAUCAUCUGUAUGAGCUCGAGGAUCAGCAUCCCAUACAUGUUAAUCAUUUGGCCAAUCAACUGGAGGUGUCCAGCCGGAUGCGUGCUGUACUUAUCGAUUGGAUCAACGAGGUGCACAUGCAGUUCCAAUUGGUCACAGAAUCCUUUUAUCUGGCCGUGUCCCUAAUCGAUCGUUAUCUGCAAGUGGUCAAUAGCACAAAGCGUCAGCACUUUCAGUUGGUGGGAGUCACAGCUCUCUUUAUAGCCACAAAAUACGAGGAGGUCUUUCCGCCAGUCAUUGCCGAUUUCGUCUAUAUCGCUGAUAAUGCGUAUACAGAUCGAGAGAUUCGCUUAAUGGAACUGCAGAUUCUGAAGACCAUCGAUAACAAUCUAUCGUGUCCAUUGUCCAUACACUUUUUGCGACGAUUCUCGAAGGCCGCCUGCGCUGAGGAAGUUCAUCAUGUCAUGUCCAAGUACUUUUUGGAAUUGUCCACCGUUAGCUACGAUCUGGCCAGCUAUAAGCCAUCUGAAUUGGCGGCUGCUUCGCUGUUUUUAACGCUGCACUUGCUCAACGGAAACGCCGGGGACGCAACGGGAUUCAAUGACAACCACUGGACACCUACACUGAUGCAGUAUUCCCGUUAUACGGCCCAGCAUUUGCGUCCUAUUACACGACAAAUAGCCAAGUUGGUGAGAGAGGCGCCUUCAGCCAAAUUGAAAGCCAUUUAUUGCAAAUAUCAGGCUAAGAAAUUCCACAAGAUUGCAUUACGCUCCGAGCUGAGUGGUUCCCUCAUAGACUCCAUUGUGGACAAUAAGUAGAAAAAGCCCCUCUCCCCGCCGCUCUACCUCUUUUUCUCUCCCAACAUUUCUCUUAUUAAGCUUGUGCAGUUUUUGUUUCAUUUUGACUGCAAGUUCGGUUCUAUUUGUUAACUAUUUAUAUUUCUGUAAUUUUUUUGUUCCUAAUUAUGAAUAAUGAUUAUAAAAUUGAAAA